AUGAAGAACGGGAAGACUAUUUCAUCCCCACCUUCCAUCCCACCGAUCACUGCCUCGAACGGAGCUGUACCUGCCGAAUGGCACUAUCCUCUCCAUGUAUCACUGGACACUCUGUACACCGGCGCGAAACUUCGAUACCGAGUAACCAGGUACCUACUAACUGGUCAGACGCAGGAGUCCUAUGUUGACAUCGAGGUGAAGCCUGGUUGGCGCAAGGGCACGAAGAUACGAUUCGCUGGACUUGGAAAUGAACGAGCUCCGCCGCAGCCACCACAGGAUGUUAUCUUCAUCGUGGAUGAAAUUCCUCAUCCUCGGUUCCGUCGGGAGGGCUCGAAUUUGUACACGACUGUUGACAUUUCAUUGCUUGACGCCCUUUCAGAAACUCGCCACGUUAUCCAGGGUCUGGAUGGCAAAGAUAUCAUUGUGGACGUCGACUUUGCAGGCGGUCUUAUCAGACCUGGGGACGUCACGAGGAUUCCAGGCAAGGGAAUGCCGAUCCGGAAGAAUUCCCAAGUCGUCGGACAAGGAGAUUUGACAAUUCGGUGGAACGUUGUAUUCCCAGACAGCUUGUCCGAGCGUCAGCGACGGUUCAUUAGAAUGGCUCGGGAUGAAGACCGGGACGACCGGACAUCUUAG